GAUUGUCAAAUCAUAGACGUGUCAUGCGACACGUCUGAAGUCACCUACCGAGUGAUGAGCUGCUGUCUGUCUGCACGAUUCUGGGAAAAAUAAGAUCAAGAUCAUGAUUCUCUUUUCUCCACAAAUACAUAUACAUUAGAAAAACAUUUUUUGCACUGUGUAUAAAAAUGUUAAGUCAGGCUGUGCGGGAUGUUUAAAUAUGUUGCACGUUUCUCUUUCUGUGCGUAUGCAGUAUCUCGUAGGGAAGACAAGUACAGUAUUUGAUCAGAUGUUGAAGUUGGGCCCUUACAAAGUUUGAGCAGUCCAGAAUUUUUAUAGCUGGUUUGUUGUAACCGAGAGAGACAAAAUGUAAAAAAACAACAACCCAAAGACAUUAAUUUGCAGCAUUCUGGCCCCCACAGACCGGUUAUGUGACCAUGAAGACUAGUUCUGUCCCUUCUUCGUAUGAGGUACUCUGACAUGACUGAUCAACUUUGCUUAAAUAUGUUCUGUAUUGUUCGUAGUUAUGUUCUACAUGCUUACAUUUUUUAUAGUUCAUGGGGCCAGCCAUGAUGAGCUAGCUCUCGCUGUUCAGACUCAUUUCUGGAAGUGAUGCCAUCGGGGUACGAUCACUCGGGUAAGCAAACGUGGCGCUGUACGAGACAGGGGAUGUUUACAGUGAUUACAGCAAAGAUUAGAGUGAUGUUUCAAUAGUUUUCGAGGAGGAUGAAACAUUUCGAGAUGAAAUGGAGAACCUGCAGAACAUGGACUUAAGUCUUAAGACAUGGAGAUGAAGAUUGGUCGCCUUCAAAGCACAGAAUGGUAAGUGUAAAUUACUCUGGAGUUGCUUAUCCUUCAAUUAUUGUUUUAAAUUGACUUAUUAAUGGGUGUAAAGAGGUCUUUAUAGCCUGAUUUAUUCAUAUUUCACCGCCCACAGUAAACAUACACAUCGCUGUGAAAAGAUGUUUAUAUAUGUAACAUGUGUAAUGCUUUACAGUCUUGUCGCUAUCAUGGAAUAGUGAUUAGAAGGCAUUAUAUAAAGAAGACAUGACUUACAGUAUCUGUUCGGUGGCAACUUUGGCAUCACUCUUCUUGUCUUUUUUUUUCCUGUGGACCAGCGGAAUAGCAUCCUUUUUCAUAUUGCGUUUAUACCAUACUCUCAAGCCAAAUGCUUCUUGUAAAGGUGUUCCUUCAUAGCAGUCAUCAGUUAAAUGAUCACUGCAAAGAUCAGAACUCGAGGUGGCCGUCCAUCUGUCUCUCGUUCUCUGCAGUUGCUUCAUCCAUUGUUGCCUUAAACCUUCCUCUUUUGGAAAAGAAAACAAACUUACAGUAUCACUCGAAACUGUGAACAUCCAGCAGCAACACUACAUUUUGGCAUGACUACUAUUUGGAUGAAAACUAAACUUAACCGAGUUCACCGUCUACCUCGAGAAGCAUUUGUUUACUCUGCUUUAGCUGAGAGGUGUCUGCCCGAUUUAUGUCACUUCUGGAAACGAGGCUGGACAGCGAGGGUUAGCUCGUCAUGGGUGGCGUCUUCAACUAUAAAUGUCAUUUUUGUGAAUUUACCGUUGACGUUCAAAAAUGGAACAAUGUAGAACAUAAUUACGAAAAUAAUUAAGUGAAAUAAUUAAGUGAAGAAUCAGUUCAGGGACCCGUUAAACUCAACUCAACUGGAUAAAACACUACCGUGGGCAAGACCAAAGAGCUGCCAAAGACCUGGGGGACAAGAUCGUAGACCUGUACAAGACUGGAAUGGACUACAAGACCAUCUACAAGAAGCUUGUGAGAGAAGGGACCACUACUGGCGCAAUAAAUGGGUAUGGAAGAAAUCCCUCAGUUUGGAGAGCCAUGCAAGAGAUUUCCUCCUGGGGUAAGGAUGAUUGUAAGAAAACUGAGGGACCAGACCAGAAUUACAAUGGGAGGAGCUGGUUAAUGAUGUCAAGGGAGUUGGCAGCACAGUCAUUAAGGAAAGCAUUAGUAACACUUUAUUGUAAAACCAGCAGAGCAUCGAAUACUUAUUUUUACCCACAUAUACAUACGUGUAUAUAUAUUGAUAUACAAAUUGUAUAUGUAUGUAUCUGACGCUGCAUGUUCAGGGCCAUAUGGUUACAUUUGAAAGAAAUCACACUGUUUUAUUAAGCCUGGGGUCAGACUUGUCAUUGCCUUCUGCUGCUUUAAAAAAACUUCUAUUGCUCUUUUGGCCUUUUUUCCUGGACAGGGGUCUCAGAAUAACAGUUAACACAGUUUAUAGCCGCCACCGGCGAGGUUCGCUAGUGAAGUCCUUCACCAGAAUGUCAGCGCUUGUUUUUAAAAUCGAAAGAAUCUGGUUCACAAUCGACUCAGCUGAUUUGCUGACAAAACUCCUCCACGACACAGGGGUGUAUUUUGUCAUUUGGGGGCUCAAGGCAAACACACUCAUUGGUGCCCUCCACAUUCUUGCACUGCACUGAUGCCAGCUGUGUUGAAGAGUCUUCAAUACCGCCCCAAGAUGGCAGCAGUGUUGACGCGUAUUUAAUUACCGCCCCAAGAUGGCAGCGGCAUUGAGGCGUUUUCCAUACCGCCUCAAGAUGGCAGCAGUAUGGCGUCCGGACGCUUUAGUAGCCUUAAACCUCAAUCGAAUAAAAAAAAGCGGACGUUAGUGACGCGUUAGAAGGAGACAUUUUCCCCCAGACAAGUUACCCACUCCAAAAUAGCUUAAAAACAUUCAAAGGGGACGAGAGGUGUACGCGAGUGAAAAUACCACAUCCAAAAUGUUGAAAGAGUUGAUAAGGGGGCGACUGAUUGCUGCAGCUGAUGAAAUAUUUGGCCUGUUUCAAAUGACCGUAACGUCGUACGAGGAAGAGCUUUCUCGAACAAGAGAGGAGAACGAGCGACAAAGACGACAACUUGAAGCUUUUCACAAGCCGCAGGUCAGGCUACAGGUGGAUGGUAUGUAUGCAUGUUCACUAACCCUCCACGUAAUAAUUUAAACGACUUUGCAUUGCUAACGCACGGAGCCAGACCACGUGAACACCGAGUUACGGGUUUUGUAUUUUAAAACACCCGUCAGCAUUUGAGGAAAAAAAGUGGAGUUUUCCGGAAAAUAUCGCCCCCUUCACCCGAAGUGCGCCAACAUUGUCCUCGCAGAUUGCCGCUUCUGGAGCGUGGUUACCGUCACCAACGCCAGGAAUUCUGGGCCACAUGGGGGAAAAAAUGACGUUGCAGCCACCCCACUAUUGAAAUAUUUAAUAAAUUGACAUCUGCAUAUACUGUACGUAUGCCUGUUCCUUUUCCUUUUCUCGCUGUACCACACAGGUGGGAUAACAAGAGGCUCUGCGUGUGUCGGUGCGCAUCGGUUGUAUAGUGUUAUGAACGGAGAGAGUGAAUCCUCCUGUCAGCCAUUAUUAGUGAGUGGAUACAUAGACAGAGUGCUAGCACUUAGCAAUAUUGCAUCUGUAAGCCUUUCGGCAGUCAUUCCAGCCAUGGAGGCAAUACACACUCAGUCCCAAACAUUCCUUUAACUGAGGAAUAGUAUCAAAACAUUUGUCCUCCAAGUGUGCCGAGCACAAUACCGACCAAUCUGACAGUGCCCAUUUUGCUUGCGUUCGUUGCACUUACCACCUAUCGCGGAGAAUUGGGUCUUUUGGAGAGGUGAACACUCCUUACUCCUUCUGAUCGAGUGCCACACAAUGCUCAGGCAUAGUGUCAAAGAGUACAUAUGGACGGGGUCUCCCGGGUGUGACGUCACUUCCACGUUCUGCUGGAGACAGCGGAAAGAGACAAAAGUCCAGAUUCAGUCACACAUCUGACAUAGGAAAUGCGCCUUUCCACGUAAUUUUUCACAAAAUAAUAUUAACAUGUAUUUUGGUGUCACAAGCACUUUAAAGGGGCCCUGACUUGACAUGUAAUUAGGUUCUACAUUCUUAGAUUUUUGAAAGAGAACGGUAAAUUCGCAAAAAUGACAUCUAUAGUUGAAAUAUUUUUCGAUACACACCUGAUCAAAAUCUUAAGACCAGUUGAAAAAUUGCUAGAAUUUUCAUUUUGCACAUUUGGAUCUUUAUGAGAUUUUAAGUAGAGCUACAAUAUGCAAAAACAAGAAGGGGGAGUGAGACAAAAAGCACUUUGAAAAAGUCAUUUAUUGAAAACAACAAUUCAACUGAAAUAGGCUGUUUAUCAGCUGAUCAAAAGUUUGAGACUAUUGCUCAAAAAAUAACAAAAAACUCUCCAAACCAGAACAAAAAAUGUUGUCAGUAGGACUCAGUGAUGAGUAGCUCCACCGUUCUUGUUCAUCACUUCAAAAAUUGCGUUGGGCAUGCUUGAUGCCAGUGUUUCCAGGAGGCUAGUGGGAACAUUGCUCCAAGUGGUGAAGUUGGCUUCACCAAGGGCAUCAACUGUCUGGAACUGAUGGCCAUUUUUGUAAACUUCCCUUGCCAUCCAUCCCCAAAUGUUCUCUAUGGGAUUUAAAUGAGGGGGACAUGCAGGAUGGUCCAAAAGAGUGAUGUUAUUCUCCCUGAAGAAGUCCUUGGUCAAGCGAGCAUUGUGAACUGCAGCGUUGUCUGUUGAAGAACCCAGCUGUUACCACACAGACGAUGGCCCUCAGUCAUGAGGGAUGCCCGCUGCAACAUCUGCACAUGCCGUCUGAUGGUUAUUGCGCUGCAGUCGGCACCAGUAAGGGCCUUAAUUUGGGUCGAAGACCGCCUUGUGUGUUAAUGGACAGCCAAUCGGAUUCUCCGGCUCAGCGCAGGGUGGGUGGCUGUUCAUCUCGAGCUCAGGUCCUCUACCAAAGGCCUGGGAGUUGGAGGGUCCUGCGCAGCAUCUUAGCUGUUCCUAGGACUGCGCUCUUCUGGACGGAGAUGUCUGAUGUUUCUCCAGGUAUCUGCUGGAGCCACUUCUCCAGUGUGGGGGACACGGUCCCCAUUGCUCCUAUGACCACGGAUGUCCAGCAGCCCCCCCACAUAAAAGAGGAAACGGAGGAACUCUGGAUCGCUCAGAAGGGAGAGUGUCCUUUCGGGCCAGAGGAGGCCGAUCUCACCAAGUCACCGCCGGCCGCUGCCUGUGUAAAGACCGAAGACCCUGAAGAUGUACCACAAGCGGACCACCUCUUAGCGCCGCUGUCAGAUAGCGACGACACGGCGUUGCGCUCUCCUGAGGCUGAAGACUGGGGCAAGACCCAAGAACUUUUGAGCAGCGACACAGACUGUGAAGGUGGUACGAGGACUCGCACUGACAACAAAAGCUCUGAAUGCGCUGAAAGGGAGACAGACGCGUACGAGGAAGCAGCGAGGUCCACGGACAGGUACCUGAUGGAGACUGAUGCAGAGCCCCCAAACAAAAGACUGAAAAGAGCAAAUCCAAUUUAUGCUGAAGACGAAUUUGACCAGGACAAUGUCCCAUGCCAGCCCCCAUACAAACAUCCACCUCCACCCAGAGUUUUAUUACGUGUGUCACCUUUAAGAGAGGAUCUCACGGAGAUGCCUGCUCCCCCCUUCCAGGGGUUAUCACAUGAAGAUGCCCUCACCCAGCAGCUUGGCACUGACAUGAACGAUUACGCCUUUGCACAAGCAGUGCAGAAGUGGCUUCGUUACGCGCCACACCGGGCUGGAGGGGUCAGGUUAGGCGCAGCCAUGAAUGAAAUGAAAUAAAACCUGUUGAAUUUCUGUUCCAGAAGUGUGUGUCUGCUGUUAUACUCGAUAAAGCCACAGCUUUUAAGCCCAUGACAUCCUGGCUAUAGAUAGAGCAGGCUUUUAAUGAAAUGCUGGUGUUAAAGUAGCCCUAUUUCUUUUGGUAUUAUCAUUGAAAUAUUGAAACCACAUUGAUUUUUGCUGUGUUGAGGUUUCAACCUGGUUUCAGUAUUCUCAGCCAUUUGAAAUUCUCUUGGUCUGUGGUUACGGAAUCAAUGUUUCGGUAUCGGUGGUGGGUGCAAACCGAUGAAGAAUCAACACUGAUCCCACGCUGACAAUUCAAUGCUGAUUUGACAUCAUUUCAGUGUUAAUUUGCUAUCUGGGAUUUUAGCAAUUAUCAUUGGAACACCACCAGCUAGCAUAUGUUACCAAAAGUGGUUUGAAAGAACACACAGAAAGGAGAAAUGACUCGAUUUUUUCGCUGAUAUUCACUAAAUAAAUUGCUGAUCGGCCCGAAUGGGAUCACUGGCCUUCAUGGCUGUCGUCACUCACGGCUGUCUCGUAAGCGGCCUCAAAGAAACGACCAGCAAUUUGCAGUCAUGCUUCUGUUAUGAUACAUAUACAUACCGCAUAGACAUUCAUUGGUAGGUCCUGUUAGUGGCCAAAUCCCCAACAUUAGCUAAGUUAGUGCCUGCUACGCAAUCGGUACGGUGGCUGAGUCAUGAAAUGUCAUACUUCAUGGUAGUGUGGCCGAGCGGUCAAAGGUGCUCGAUUAAGGCUCCAGUCUCUCUGGGGGUGUGGGUUUGAAUCCCACUGCUGCCAGUCUUUUCCUGAAUCCCCCCAAGGGGGUUAUUAAAGCGUCUAUCAAUUUGACCUUGUGCUCAACGCCUGUAAACAGGACUGGAGAAGUUGAUGGAUCAUGCAGGCAUCAUGGACAGUCACACCGCCUUUCCACAACGUUGGAAACAGAUCAUCUGAAAUAAGAGGUAGCCCAUCAAAUCCAAUCCUAUUGGUGAUUAAACAGGUCAAUUCAAUGGAAUAACCUGAACAAUGACUGAAAGCCGCCAAAAUGAGUUUUCUUCGUAGGGUGGCUGGGCUCACCUCUAUAAGGUGAGAAGCACUGUCAUCCGGGAGAAACUCGGCGUAGAAGCGCUGCUCUUCCGCAUUGAGAGGAGCCAGAUGAGGUGGCUUGGGCAUCUACUCAGGAUGUCGCCCAGACGCCCAGAAGUGUUCAGGGCAUGUCCGGCCAGUAGGAGGCCUCGGGGAAAACCCAGGACACGUUGGAGAGAUUAUGUCUCGGCCUUAAUAUCAUCAGUGCGGCUGUGGAGUCUCGCGUCGCAUCUGCGCAUGUAAACACUGAUUAUGAGGUCUGAUUUAUUUUUUUCUAAGAGGCAUUUUUGUGAUGCGCAUGUAUUACUCUUUUGAACGCACAUUGUUUUGAGAAGCCAAACUCUUAAAGGGGACCUAUUAUACUCAUUUUCAGGUUAUGAGUUGUUGACUCCAAAAGAGCAAGCUACACACGAUAACCUGCACAGAAAGAUUUCUAGAUCUUCCAGACUCUGCACCUCUCCCUGCAGUGUUUCCUUGGGUUUCCUGCUUUCUGCCCAAACGGGUGGUGUAAUUUUCUCCACCCCUGGCCCCUUUCCAGGCACACCUUCCGCCGAGCCCACUCCGCUGUGAUUGGUCACACUCUCAAGAGUUCCCGAGGACUUCUGGACAGCUGUCGAAUCCCUUAUGUCCGAUUACUUGCACAAAAUAAACACAGUUAGGACACGGAUAAAUUCUUACUUACAGCUUGCUCUUCUGACUCUUCAACACAACCAAGUAAUGUCGGAAAAGCGUUGGACUUCAGCAACAGUUUGGCAGAUAGUCCGGCUUUGUAUUGGCCCAUGUUCACAAAACAGUCCCGUGUGAAGUGUCGUUGACAGAUGACCAUAUUUUUCCCUUGCUGUCCAGGAAUCACCAACUCCAACCACUUCUGCCUGAUGCUUGCCUCUUUAGAUUCAAGAUUCGAGAGUUUUAUUGUCAUAUGCACAGUAAGACAGGUAGUUCUGCUAUGCAAUUCAAUUCUUAUUCUGUUCAUUCUCCCAAAAAAAGAAAGAAACAAGAACAGAAGAGACAUGAAUACCAAUAAAUAAAUAAAGUGCUAUGAGUGUGUGCGUGUGUCACGUGCGGCGUGUGUGAGUGCUUCGUUGAGAAGCCUGAUGGCCUGUGGGUAAAAGCUGUUUGCCAGGACUUUAGUUUUAUAAAUGUCUUGCAGUGAGGGGAGGGCUGCCCCAACAAUGUUCUGUGAGGUCUUGAUCACCCGCUGGAGUGCCUUCCUAUCACGUGUUGUACAGUUACCGUACCAAACAGUGAUGGAGGCGGUAAGGACACUUUCCAUAGUGCAUCUGUAGAAGCAACUCAGGAUUGUGGUGGACAUGCCAAAUUUCCUCAGUCUUCUCAGGAAGUACAGUCUCCUUUGGGACUUCUUCAGAAUUUGUUGGGUGUUGUGAGACCAGGUGAGGUCCUCGCUGAUGUGUGUGCCAAGGAACUUGAAGGUUUUCACCCUCUCCACCUCAGUCUCAUCAAUAAACAGGGGUCUAUGCGGCUCCUUUUCCCUUGUUCUUGGGUCGAUGAUCAUCUCUUUAGUCUUAUCUGUAUUGAGAAGGAGAUUGUUAUCAUGACACCAAGCUAUGUAGUUGGGCUGGAUGUGUUUGUCUGCAAUGUUUUUACUGCAGUAGGAGCUGAAGAGGCCAGCUUUCCUUGUAAUCCGCUUGAUGUUGCUACGCCACGGUAGCCCUUGUCCGGAUGGAUAGAUGGCACCAUUUCAUAAAAUAUAGUUAUAUAACUACUGGGGCGUGUCUUUAGCGUCCUCAGUCACAGCCACCUUUCCGCUAUACAAGUAGAAGCAGCGUGUCCGCAGGAGACGCUCCCAGUCAGUGGAGCGGAGCGCUCAUAAAAGUCACACAGCAAUACUUAGAUUUUGGAACCCGGUACACACACAAGGGACGCUGCAUUAUAAGGCGCCCCGCCCAUUUUGGACAGAAUUUAAGACUUUUAAGUGUGCCUUAUGGUCAUAAAAAUACGGUAAGUACUUAUGUAAAAGGUCUAAGCUCAAAAUGAGCUCCUAGCUGAAGUAUGGCUAGUAAAGCGUUAAAAAGCUCAUCAGUGUUAUUGAAAUUGAACAGUUAUUGAAAUUCACUCAUCUUCUGCAUUU